AUGGAGAAGAACUUGUGCAUCAAGCUGUACUUUGCCAAGUUCCAGCCAGUCUUUCCAUUAGUCCAUGCCGCGUCUUUCCGCCCAUCUUCGGAGAGUGCCCUGUUGCUGUUGUCGAUAUGUUCACUAGGUGCUCUCUUUGUUGGUUCCGCCGGCGCAUUUGCACGGGGCAGGGCGAUCUUUAUGAAAUUGAACAAAGCAAUACUGGCAUCGUGGGAAGCAUAUCUCUACCAAGGCGGCCGCGAAGCCCUGGCGGUCGCGCAGGCCGCCACUUUGGGGCAAACGUACGGGAUGCUGUCGGGAAACCCGCAUGACCUGCUCAUGACCGAGAGCUUCCACGGCACAAUCAUCGCCUGGGCACGCCAAGCUGGCAUGUUCCGUCGAGGAGGUUCGGACCACCUGCAGGCGGUGGCCGCACGAAGUUUCACCAGCACGGACGCUCUUGAGUCGGCGUGGCGGUCAUGGGCGCAGGCCGAGGAAACGGUCCGGGUCGUCUUGGCUCUACACAUUCACGACUCCGAGUUUGCAGUCAUCUUUCACCACGAGCCGCUUCUGCGACACGACCCUCGAAGGCUACCGCGAUGCUCCUCCGAGCCGCUCUUUGGCGCCGCCAACGCGGCUCAGUGGCACUCAAUGCUCAUGUCUGCGACCUUGCAGGAUACGACCGCCAAAGGCGUCGAGGAUGGUCAGGGCCAAGCGCCCGUCAUGCACGCCUACGGCCUUCUGGCGGGACAAAUGGCGGCUAUUUGUGAGAUGCGAGGCGCGACAUUGGACGAUCCGGGGGCGGCAUCUGACGUGCGCCGUCGCCUCACGUCCUGGUAUGAGACGCAUUUCCCGAGCGUCCGGGCAUCCAGCCGCGACACGCUCUGCCUCGCGAUUCUUUGGCACGAGGCAUUCAUGGCGCUGUACAUCAGCUUCGACCUGUUGGAGCGCGUGAUUGGACGCGAGGGAUCUCAAGGCGACGACGAAGAUGUACGACGCAUAUGCGCCUGGGUGAACAAGGUGGAGGGCAGACGAUGCUUGAUGCACGCGGCACUCAUCUACAAGCGCCUGCAAGCGUUGCCGAUUAGUGCCACACCUGCGAUUCACGUCCCCAAAGCGCUCUUCUACGCGGGCCUCGUCAUUUACUGCCAUGUCAAGUUCCGCUCGGCCGCGGUGGCAGCUGCUCAUGGCGACCUCGACAUGGCGGAAAUAAGAGCGAGCGAGCUGCGGUACACGGCAGACUUGCCUGCCGCCGCAAUACACCAGCCGGACUCGAGCUCGCUGUAUGGGAUCGCGGACCUUUUGCGCCGACAGGGACACUGGGAACUGUCGCGCCGAUUUGGCUUUAUUCUAGAGGCCCUGAUUGACGACCUGACUGGCUCUGGGGCGGAUGGUCACUGA